UGUUGAUCAAUGAAAUGGAAUGGAAUGCAAUUGAAUUUGUGCAAUGGCACAUGUACUUUUAAUAGUGAGAUUGUAGGUAUAAUUAAUGAGAAAAAAAAAUAUAUAUAUAUGUAUAUGUAUGUAUAACAAAGACAAAGCUUGAUAGUUGUAGGAAAUGAACAGAAUAUUUUACUAUCGCUGGAAGUUGAAAUGAAUUUUUUUUAUAUGGCAACAGAAAACUAAAAUAAUAGACUGGUAGAAUCGAGUACACUGUAACAAGACUUCCGUGUCCACAAUUGUACAAUAUGGAUUGCUACUGUAUAAAAAAUGCAACUGAUUUAAGCACAAUGUACAAAACUUCGCAAUAACGCAUAGAUGAUAAUAACUUAUUUUGUAUGAUGUCCUGUGAUUUUAAACAUUACCUCUUACUACAGAAGCAUACGAAAUGUUAUAUUUCUGGAAUAAAACUGUACAACUUUCAAAUGAUGUACUUGUAUUGUGUUGCAUAUCCCAACCACAAUAUGAAUGUAUAUUACAUUCUACGAUACUAUGAUUUAUGUCUAUAAUAUGUGCUAUAUAAAACUGACAAUAUGGAGUUCUAUUAGAUAGAACAAUGUCUUCUAAAAAUAGGAAAAUUAAUAACACCUUAAGAUGAAAAACUAACCUAUUCAAUAUAAACGAUUUCACAACAGUGAUUACAAUUAUCGUGCCAUCGUACACAAAUACUCAGACUACAAAUGUUGAGCAAUGUGAAAAACCAGUUCACUUUUGUGAUCAAACACGUUCAUUGUACUUAAACAACGUUUAACACAACAAUGAAACGCGCAUAGACGGUAGGUUAGGUUUUUUUGCUGACAGACGUGUACGUGAUUAUGAAAAUAAGCUAAUUAACACAAGAGCGUGAAAUAACAAUGAUUGCGCAACAAUUACACAAAUGGGAGCACAUUUAACGAAUAUGCAACACAUUAAUUAAACGUCAGUGUAUAUAAAGCAGACAGUACACGACGCCAUUACGUCAAAAUACGAAAGUAUAACACGCGAAUGAGUCUUGGCGGGGAUGACAUAAUUUUCAUCCAACCGCUUCUAUUUACUUCUACAGACCGUAUAAAUAUAUUAAGUAACCUAAUGCUGAUAAACAUCAUUCCUUUUUAAAAAUAAAAAGUUUGAGCAUACCGUCGAGGCAGCAACCAAACGGACACUCAAAACCCGCCAAAGGAGUGUACACUGCGCAUACGCCCGAGCGCAGCUAUUGGUCAUCGAGGUGCGCGGCAACUUCGAAAUCGCGUGAAAUCUAGUUAAAUCGCGUUCAACGAAAUGAAAGUUCUACCGUGUCCCCGAGUGAGUCCUUACGAACCUUCGUAACGUGGUUUCUGCAGGUGGGGUACAUAACAAGAAGGGGGAUGCUGGAACCCAUGCGCGACAUUCUCUCGAGACAUUUAAACUGGAACAGUUCCUGAUCGCAUCCAGGAGACGUUGCACGGGUUCCUUCGAGGAUCCACACCGCCGGAAGUUCGUUUUUAACGUGAAACGUGUACCAGUGUGGAAUCGGCUUAUUCGAUCAGAACGGCAGUGAUCGUAGCUCAACGUGAAACACCAGUGACCACGAUGGUGGGUGGCUCGUCAAUUAUAAAUCAAUUUAUUUCGGUGUACGUGCACGGUAACGCAGAUAUCUAAAACAGUGUCAUGGCACAUGAAAGCGGUGGUCUUCCUAGUCGCGAUAGCUGCGACUAGAGCUUUGCCCCUCUCGAAGGUUCACGUGAAAUUCGUCUCCCCGCCCCACGUUUACGAGCACGGCAUUACGACAGACGGGGAUCGAACGAUCGACCAGAGAUCCUACGUCUCUAUCGGAAGAAGGAGUACGACGGGUGGUCCGAGGCAGUUCGGGCAACGCAUAGGCGCAGCGAAAAACAGUAUACCUCUGUACAUUAAGCCGGAGAAUGCUGAAUCCCUGUGGCCGGUAGGUGUAUUCCUCCCGCCAGUGGACGUCAAUGAUCUUGGAUACAGUUCGCAUGAAUCGAGACACAUGACACCUGAUUUUUCUAAUGGACUUGCGUACCACGAUCCAUACCUAUUGACUGGUGAAAAAGCGAUGAUAGCGGUGAAGUAUCUUUACGGUCUUGGGGAACUUUUUUACGAUGAGAUUCCGCAUGAAAGAGCGCUGCUUAGGAACCAAGAAGAAAGGAGACGGAACGGUCUUCAUGGUCACAUAUUGAAGAGUUUGAGCCCCACCUCUGCGUUCUAUCGAAAAUCAUGAUCAAUUAAUGGUCUUAUUAUUUAUUUGUAUGUUCUUUUCGAACGAACGCUGUAACUACGUAAAAAGAACUAUCAUUUCCCUUUAGGACAACUAACGAAAAUUUACGAUUACUUUAUAUAUUGUCUACAUUGAAUAUUAAAUCGAGCGGUACGCAUUACGACAGUUUUGCGUGUGAUUAAAAAUUUCGAAACAUAACGAAGUAUUUACCUUCUCUUUAAUGUGCUGUUACAUUUCAUUCUACUGUUGCGAUUAAUACAAUUCAAACGAAAUUACUGGGAUUGCGUCAUUGCGAUUUUAUAUGAACAUUAAUUUCUCGUCCGUUCCAGCGACAGACUUAAUUAGCGAUUCACGCGUUGAAUGAGUUGGUAUUUACGAGUCGCGAGCAAAACAGAUGUAGCGGAAACGUAUGUAAGUGUCAUUAUCGUUCGUGGACAGUCUGCGUUUAACACUUUCACAAGUGUGAUUUACACGAACCGUAAUGUACUCCAAUUACUAGAGCAAAAUGUCCUGCUGUUAUCCGUUUAGCAAUUCGGCAGGAUUUAUCGCGUGGAAGCUAGACGUUUCUUGGUUUCGCUGAGAUUUAAAUACAUGAAAUAUAUAAUUAUAAAUAUAAACAUGUAUUUUUACAGACUAUUCACUAGACUCAUUAACAAACAUCAUUUCCCGCCGUACUGGCUUCGCGGAAAAAUUAAGAGAAUCGCGUCAUGUACAGUUACAAGGAACUUUUUAUACAAUAAUAUACAUUCCAUUUAAUUCUCUAGCGGUCUCAGAUGAACCAUCGAAAUAGGACGAACACUGUCGUGAAAAUCAAUCCAUUGGAGAUGCCCACUUUCGCCGUUCCGUUGCACAAAUCGCCGAUACAAAGGCACAUGUACACUUUCUUGUAAUUCCAAACGGUGUAAGCGCAUCUCUCCUCCCCGUCGUCGGGUCCACGUUGAAAGCAAAGUCUUUGCGUGGC